UUAUGUACUUUGACCAAGCUCAUUCCAGAACCAUCCCUGAUAACACUAAACAGAACAGAGUUGUGCUCUGUGCAACCAUCUGUAGCAACCUGUACUUAAUACUUUAGAUAAUCAAAAGAAAGAUAUUCUGUAUCACUCUGAAGAUUGCGUCUUGAUUACACUGAAGAUUGAAACAAGAAAGCCAACCAGGAAAUAUGAUGGACUCAGGGAUUGAAGCCAAUUCAAAUCACGACUCCUCUGGCUAUGAUGUCCGUGUAACUGAUGCUGCAAAGAAUGGGGACACAUUUGUGUAUGUGAUCAAAUCCCAACAGAUAUCAAGUGAUACAGAGUAUCGGGUUGAGCGAGAGUUUGAAGACUUUGAGUGGCUACACCAUUGUCUCUUGACCCAAGAAGGGGUGACUGGUCUUCAUGGGAUUAUUUUUCCACCACUACCAGUCAAGCCAGGGACAUAUAUGUCUAACUCGGAGGCAAAGACCAAAAAGAAAAUUGAGUCGCUGAUUAUGGUCGACGACUGGCAGAUGUACUGCCGAGCUCUGGAGGAAUACCUGCAUCUUGUUACUGCACACCCUGUCCUCAUCAAAAACCCUGCAGUGCACAGCUUCCUAAAACACAGAAAGCCAUUGACUAAAACUAAAGUGAAGAAAGGAAUAUUCAACAAGCUCACCCAGGCCAUGGAUGAACUGAGGAAAGAGCAUCACAAGGAUAUUGACGAGUUCUUUCAGAAUGGGAGAGACAAUAACGUUACACUAACAGCUUUUACUAAGGCUGCAGCAGAGAAAUUCCUUGAUAUUGUGUUAACUGAACAAAAGAUAGCAAUAGCGUGCGGUCACUUCUCCACAGCGCUCCACCUGGGGAUCGGACAGGACGAUGACCCCGCAGACUAUGCUUUUGCAAAGAUGUGCCUCAAGCUGUCUGAAGUGAUAAAUACAGUAAAGAAAAACUUUGAAAAUGUUGCAGAAAAUGGCAUAAACACACUAGGGUUUAAUCUGGAAUUGCAGUCCCGCUUUCAGGAUGCUGAAAAGGAAAUGUUGUUCAGAAGAACCUGUAAACUGGUUGACGUAGAAACGGCAAAUAGAAACCUGGGCCAGGCAAAGCCCCACAAGAAAGCAGCUAUGGAAGACAUUAAAAAGGCAGCUGACAGAGAAUUUGAUGAGAUUUCUGGAAUGGCCAAAAUGGAGAUUCAACGCUAUCACAGAGAGCGGGUGCGUGCCUUCCAGAAAGCCUUGAUUGAGCUGAGUGACAGCCAGCUGCAGACAGCAAGGGAGUGCUGUGUUGUGCUCAACCAGCAGCUGACUGAAUUUAAACAGCUUUUUUAAGAAUAACUACAUCCAGAGCUGCACUGUAUGGAAUUAAUAAAGGUUUCUGCAGUAUUUCUAUAGGCUGUGAGAACUGAAAGUGAUCCUUUGCACAUUUUAAGUAGUAUGCAAUGUGACUUAUAUUAAAGAGGAUUGGUGUGUUACCCUUCUGUUUUGUAGUAUGAGAUCUAAGCUACAUAGUAAGCAUUUCACUUAUUUUCGAUGGUUUUUUUAAAAAUUUUAUUAACAGUAACUGCCCACUGUAAAACAUUUAAUAACACUACUUUCUCUACUUACUGUGUAUUUACAAAGUAGUUACUUGGUAAACACAUGUGCACUUACACGUGGUUACAGUGUUAUUAAGUAUAGUUACGAUAUAUUUAAUGUGGCAUUUUUUUGAUGAUAUAAUCCUAACCCUAACCCUAACCCUACACCAAAGUAUUUUCUGAUACAACUGUGUCCUUACAUAUAUAGAAUCCUGAAUAUAUAGAAAAAGAUCCUGGUCCCUGUAGUUGAAACAGGUAAUUAAAUGUUCUAUGCACUAUAACCUGUAGCGUGUAUGCUAGCUUGCAAGACAUAUGAUUCUCUCAAUGGUCGAGGUGAUGGUCGAGGUGAUGACCUAUAUGUUGAAACUCCCUGAGGCUGGGUUACUGAACACACACUUGUGUUUAUACUCAAGGGCAAGCUUUUAUUAAGCAGAGGGAGAAUAUAAUGGAUCACCUCCUGAUGAGUUAGCAACACUGACAUCAGCAGAAGACACACACUGUAUUUGCCUCUCAGCUAGAGCUUGCUGGUUUGUCUGCAUCCAGCCCUUGCCUCUCCAUUCACUUCAAUGGGCUGACAUGCGAAGCCAUACAAACCAUAUGGUCACGAUGUCUGAGCCCAGGACAUACGUUUUUGAAAUCUUGAAACCAUGUUAUUCUGCUUUAAACUGAAUUAGCUGAUUUACUUUUCCAAGAAUUAUUCGGAGUCAUCGAUAAUAUCAGAAAACAGCUUACUACUGGAAUGAGGUGCCAACACAGUGUUAAUAACAACCAUAGACUUUAACCUGUGUAGCCUGAGACGAACAACUUGCAUGGGCUAAUGAAAGGUUUAGCUGUCUAGAUGGUUUGGUACAGCGAUGUUCUUUUCCUAAUUCUAAAAAAGCUAUGUCAUUAUCUGUGCUAUCGGUUGCUAUUUCUUUUUUCGUUCUCAGAUUGAUUUUUUGGAGCAGGUACAGGCUGCCAUGUGUUAUGUAAAACUGUGGUUAGACUGGGUAAAUGUAACAUUUGGAAUGUGCUCAGCGGGGCACCGAAUGCAUUCCCUCCAACUGUACCAAUGUUCCGGCACAAUACCUUUUUUUUUCCCCCCUGCACAGCCCCUCCAGGCCACUAGAGGCAUGUGGGUGCUAGCGUCACAUCCUCACGGUACUACCUACUACACAGAUAGUCACUAGACAGCAAAAAUAUUAGUAGAGACAGUCCAUUCAAAGAUAUUCUGCUAUAUAAUUUGUUUGGUUCAUUUCCGAGUAGGAGCAGCAGCAGUACUCAGAACCACGUUCAUGGCUUGUUCCAUUCAGAAGAAUAUGUAAGGAAAGAAUUGUUAACAUUAUUACAUGCAGUGCUGGAGAUUAAAAACUGAUGAGAUUUUAAGAAGAAAAAUAUUUUCAGGGUGUUUUUGUGAGGCAUUGAAACGUCUAGAUUUUUUAGUCUUAACCUAUCUCAUGCAUCCCUUAUCCCUAAAGGAAUACAGGAUUGUAAUAAUACUCAUUUAAUUUGCAGGAACUUGCAUAUUUUAAAGUUAACAUUUCAGAAAUUCUCUUGAGAGGGGCAUGUCCCAGACCCCCGAGGAAGCAGGUCGCUCACUACCACACUGUGCGCCGCUUGCUCUCUUAAUGCCACACAAGCAUACCUAUUUUCAUCUCUCAGAUGUUGGAGGGUAUGUGUAUGCUCUAGGAAAAUGAAGAGUGUAGCUAACGCCAGUGCUUCAUGUUCCAUUGGCUCAGACAGUUUACUCUAAAUCAUAAACAUCAAAUCAUAUUGCAGCAGUAGUGAUGAAACAAUAUGCUUCUCUAAAAUGGCUAGAUAUGACUUAUAUCAAUAAAUAGAUCUGGUCUUGUGAACACAAUCCCUGCCAGCCAGUGCAGUACAGGAGGGUCAGCAGAAAAAAAACGAAAAAAAAAGCACAGGCAAUAUACCUCUGGGUAGACAAAAUGACUUUGAUAAUUGGUCAUUAUCAAAAGAUUAGCAAAACUCAGAGGUAGACAAAGCUCAAGCUGUCUUUUAACGAAACACCUCGGAACAUUCCAAAGACAAACACAAGUGAACCAUUAUCUCCUAAAACUCAUCAUCAUUAUAAUCAGCAAUUUAUGUCUGAUGGUCAAAAGCCAUUGCAGCUUCAUGCCAGAUCAAUCUUUUAGCCUCGAAGUGCUGUUUGUCAUCUGCCUGUGAAUUCCUCUAUCUCAUCUCUCAGAUUUGUUUGCUGUAUUUUUCAGUCCACCUUUUUGAUUGCCGUUCUGUGAUUAAAAACUCGUUAACACCCCUGCAAGUUAAUGUCUCAAAGAUUGUGAUUCUCAUAUUAAUGAUAGUUCCCUUAGGCUAUUAAAAUAAUGAACCCUUAACACAAGUCUAGGAAAGAUAGCUCAAAACAGCAAAUCAGUAAACUAAUUUAAUGUCCUAUGUAAAUAUAUGCCCAUUUUAUGUUUAAUAUUCUAGAUUAGACACUGAAUCUGUGUGAUUAUUGCUGUAUCCGGGGGCAGUAUAGUGCUGAAAGAACAUUGAAACCUCAUGAAACCUGUUAAUUGAGGCCUUGCUUCUUACUGUGCUAUCAGAGCACAGAUUGAAUAGAGCUCACACAGCAACCAAGAAGGGCUUUCAGUAAGGGAACCAUGGCUAAUUUGCUUACAGUGAAUUGGAAAACCUGUAGGGUACACUGCAAUAACAAACCUUUGACUUGCCCCUCCUGUAACUGGCCUUUCCCUUAAAAAAAAAAAAAAAAAAAAACCUUCACCCAGUACAGUAAGAGUACCAGUACAAAAUGUAGUGUUGCUAUCUCAAAGGCUAUAUGUUCCAGAAACCAAAAAUGUCAAAUGACAACACAAUUAGGUCAACGUCAAGGCCACCCACAAUGGUUUAUACGUCCUGCAAACGGGACAUUUUUUUGAGACACUGUACGCAUUUAAAUAAUCCUCCAAAGAGACAAGUUACAGUGUAUGUGAUGAAAGAGUGAAUAAAAACAUCCUCUAAAAAUACAAAAACCCAAACUGAAAGAUACUGUAAAUGUAAAUGAUUCCAAUAAAGAUGAAUCAGGCUAAUCCCUUUUUAAUGACUCACACUUAAUUCAUACCUCAGGCUUCAGAUAUCAACAUAAUACUAACGAAAUACCCACUAAUAGGAAAACUAGCUACAUACGAUUAAACUUCACCUUCUAUAGUACUUACUACUGGUCUCUCAGAAUCUUUGACAGUGAGCAUCAGUGGCUUUCUCAUCAUGAUCUAAUAUUUCCAUAAGCCUCGCACAGUUUUCCAAUAUCUUUUUAAACGUUUUCAGUAAGCUUUAAUGUUUAACCCUCAUCAGAAACUUUAAGAAGUUCCCACAUUUCAGGCUUUUAGGGGGGCACCAUAUCAUACUGAUUAAAGCAUUACUUCUGCCCGUUUUUAUAAUAGCAACUGCAUUCUGGAUUACUGUUUAAAAAAAAAAAAAAAAAACAGCAAAUAUGUCAUUAAAAAUAACACUUACUAAGAAUUACUUAAAAAUCAACAACAAAUUGCUUAAAUAUUGUAUAAAAACUGGUCCAAAGGGCUUGAGAUGCAUGAGUGAAAUGGAGCAUUUUGCCUUACAUAGUGCCGCCCGUGUAUUCCUUUAAUAGUGACAAACGUAAAGUAAAAUACAGCCAUGGAAACUGUGCAAAUACUCAUAUACAGCUUCAUAUUUUAAAUACUUCAUGGCGGGCGAUAGUUUCUACAGAUACUGUUCAUGUUUCUCUUUAAGACAGUUGUCUGGUUUUCUAAGGAUUGUCAAAUCGUAAUAACCCAGCAAACCACCAGUAUGUAAAACAGUCCUGUCAGGGUGGAGAUCUAAGCUGUUAAUACAGUCACAGUGGCCUCUGACAGAAAGGAAAUGUCUCAUAAAUACAAGGCCAAUAAAAGAAAAAGACUACUGUGAAUUGAGAUGGCACCAUUUGCAUUUACUGUUUCAUUUGACAACGGGCACAGCUUUGUCUAUCCAGUACUUAAAGCUGCAUAAAAUAUCAAAGUUAUUUGGUGCAGUGGUGUUGACUUCAUAAUAAACACUGUUACGGGUGCACAAUCACAUGUGAAAGAAUCCAAGGGAGGCAAUAUCUAGAGGCCUUUCCAUAUUGGAACUACAAAAAACAACAUGUACUGCACUUGUCUUAAAGAUUGUUAAGCUAAUAAAAAAUACAAUCUCUAAAAUUUGUUUGAGCAGUGGGAGGUGGAUGCAGUUUAUUAAUAGCUUUCUGAGGUUUAGAUGGUGUGCGCCAGACAUUCUCCCAGUAACAUGAUUACCAGUACUGCCACCCUUGCUUUUAAAUGACUUUAAGGCACACAGGAACCCACGACCAAACCUCUUGCUUCUUAACACCCAGCUCGACAUAUGUUGGCUGCUGCCACCUGGAGGUCAAAGGCUGUUGUUGUGUGGUGAGUUCACUCAAUUCCUUCAGAUUUUUUGCCACCCUAACCCAGUGCUUUUCAACCUGCGUACUGUACUGGUACGUGACGUUAGUUCUUUCUGAUGAUCUGA